AUGGUCACAAUUGGUAAUGCUCAUGAAGAUCUAAUCCAUGAUGCUGUUUUAGAUUAUUAUGGUAAAAGAUUAGCUACUUGUUCAUCUGAUAAAACUAUUAAAAUAUUUGAUAUUGAAAAUAAUGGGAAUGGUAAUGAAAAUUAUAAAUUAACAACAACUUUAACUGGUCAUGAAGGUCCAAUUUGGCAAGUUGCUUGGGCACAUCCUAAAUUUGGUUCAAUAUUGGCUUCUUGUUCAUAUGAUGGUAAAGCUUUAAUUUGGAAACAACAACUUGAACAACCUCAACAAUGGUCAAUUAUAGCUGAACAUACAAUUCAUCAAGCUAGUGUUAAUUCAGUUAGUUGGGCACCACAAGAAUUAGGUGCCAUAUUAUUAUGUACUUCUUCAGAUGGUAAAGUUUCAAUAGUGGAAUUUAAUGAUGAUGGUACUACGUCACAUGUAAUAUUUAAUGCUCAUUCAAUAGGUGUAAAUUGUGCUUCAUGGGCACCAAUAACAAAUACAACAAUAAAUAAUCAAAAUAAGGAUCAAUUAAAAUUACAAAGAAGAUUUGUAACUUGUGGGUCUGAUAAUCUUGCUAAAAUUUGGAAAUAUGAUCCAACUAAUAACACAUAUAUAGAAGAAGCUAAAUUAGAAGGUCAUACUGACUGGGUUAGAGAUGUUGCUUGGUCGCCAUCUGUUUUAAUACGUUCAUAUAUUGCUACUGCUUCACAAGAUAGAGCAGUUUUAAUUUGGACUCAAGAUAAAGAUGGUAAAUGGCAAAAACAAUUGUUAACUGAUGAAAAAUUCCCAGAUGUAUGUUGGAGAUGUUCAUGGUCAUUAUCAGGAAAUAUAUUAGCUGUUUCUGGUGGUGAUAAUAAAAUCAGUUUAUGGAAAGAAAAUUUACAAGGAAAAUGGGAAUCUGCAGGAGAAGUAGAUCAAUAA